AAACGAUCUGGUUUUCUUCGUUCGAUUCUCUCUCUAAACCUCUCCUUUUCUUCUCAUCUCUCAGCAAUCUUAGUUCUUCCGAUUCUUCUCUCUGAUGACGAGCGAGGAAGAGGAUUGCUACUAUUCGGACUACUCGGAUCAUGACUCUCUGCAAGGGAUCGAGGACGCCGUCGAGGACGAUGUCCAAACGCAUUCUAUCCAGGUAGUCACAAAAGAAUCGCUUUUGGAAGCGCAGAGGGAAGAUUUGCGUAGGGUGAUGGACAUGCUAAAACUGAGCGAACGACAUGCACGCACUCUGCUUAUUCAUCACCGUUGGAACUUUGAGAGGUUGUCAACAGAACUUGUAGAGAAGGGAAGGGAUAGCUUAUUUGCUGAAGCAGGCGUAACUAUAGCGGAGUGCAAGAAACGUGCCUUGCCAUUGUCAUAUUCACGGUCACGGUCUUUAGUAAAAUGCAACAUCUGUAUUGAAGACGUUUCUCCACAUGCGGUUACAACAAUGGAUUGCGGCCACUGCUUUUGCAAUGAUUGCUGGACUGAACAUUUUAUUGUUCAGAUAAAUGACGGGCAAAGCAAGCACAUUAGAUGCAUGGAGCACAAGUGCAAUGCUAUUUGUGAUGAAGCUGUUGUAAGAAAUCUCGUCAAUGCGAAGUAUCCUGAUAUUGCUGAGCGUUUCGAUCGUCAUCUCCUAGAGUCAUACAUCGUGGACAACAACAAGGUUAAAUGGUGUCCCAGUGUCCCACAUUGCGGCAACGCGAUACGGGUAGAGGGCGAUUCUUAUUGUGAGGUGGAAUGCACGUGCGGGCUGCAGUUCUGUUUCAAUUGCUCAUUGGAAGCACACUCCCCUUGUUCAUGUCAGAUGUGGGAGCUUUGGGCCAAGAAAUGCCAGGACGAGUCGGAAACAGUCAACUGGAUUACUGUUAAGACAAAGCCCUGCCCCAAGUGUUUCAAGAAUGUUGAAAAGAAUGGUGGCUGCAACCUUGUUACCUGUAUUUGUAAACAGGUAUUUUGUUGGCUGUGUGGCGGCGCCAGUGGCAGAGAACACUUUUGUGGUCGUGACAAACAAGUAACGUCUGUAAAAGCUGCACGUGCACAGCGGGACCUUCAUCGAUACAUGCACUACUACAACAGGUACAAAGCUCAUACAGAUUCCCUCAAGCUCGAAAGCAAGCUUAAGGCAACUAUACAGGACAGGAUAUACUUCUCUGAAAGUAAGGAGUCGGGGCUCAGAGACCAUAGUUGGGCGAUGAAAGGACUCCACAGACUCUUCAGAUCGAGGCGCAUUCUUUCCUAUUCAUACCCAUUUGCAUUCUACAUGUUUGGGGAGGAUCACUUCACUGAUGAAAUGACUAGGGAGGAACUGGAAUUGAAACAGAACCUUUUUGAGAACCAGCAGGAGCAGCUGGAAGUAAAUGUAGAGAGGCUUUCUAUGUCGAUAGAGCAACCAUUUGAUGAGUUACCGAAGGAUAAGGUAUGGGAGGUAAGGAUGCAAAUCAUCAAUCUCACCACCCUCAUUGACAAGCUCUGCAAGAAAAUGUAUGAGUGCAUUGACAAUGAUCUAUUGGGUGCCCUUCCACGGAUGCUGAACAUUGCUCCAUACAAAUCCAUGGGUGUUGAGAGAGCAUCGGAACUUUCAGUUUCAUUGGAUUCUAAUCCAAGCUCAAUGAGUAUGGAAGCAUGUAAUUCAGAUAGUUAUCUGCAGCAGGAUUCCCCUGCAAAUAAGGCUGUUUAGCUGGAAGAAUAUUGAAGAAUUAAGACCCACAUUGCCUCUGACAGAGACUGAUGUGGGCGAGCGAUUCAUAGGAGCAUCUUAGUUUGAUAGCCUGUUGGGGAUGCCGUUUUCCAUCUUAAUCCGCCCUGGGAGGUGGCCAAAGAGAGCCGAAUCCGUCUGUCAAAUUCAGCAUCUUCAACUGUACAGUUUAGAUUAAACGACUGCACUGCGAUUAUGAGUUUCUUCGUACUUAAGUUAUUUUUUAAUAAUUAUGGCCUGUGAAAAAGAGUAUUCCGUGGUGUUGUUGGAUUCUCUUUUAUACUUUGCUCUGUAAAUGCCUCCUUUCAGUUC